AUCAAUGCAAUCGCAAUGGAGUUAAAGAGUGCUAAGUGUCUUAAGUACGCCAAGUCUGCAAACAUUGCUACUGACAUAAGUGGGCUCGAUCAAUUUUUAAACGGUGGUCUUCAGCAAGGAAAAGUAUAUGAACUGGUAGGCAGAGCAGGUUCCGGAAAAACACAAUUAUGCUUGAGGCUCUGCCUAAAUAUUCAAUUACCCCAAUAUCAGAAUGGAUCGGAGGCCAAAGCUAUAUAUUUUGAUACUCGAAAAGAUUUUGAUCCUAUUAGGCUGAAAGAAUUGGCUGAAGAGCUUGUAACACGCCCAAGCGUUAGACAAACGUCUGGAUUACUACCCACAGCAACUGAGAUGUUAAGAAAUGUGUUUUAUGUUAAUUGCCACACUGCAGCCCAUCUGGUAGCUGGCUUAUUGAAUUGCUACAAGUAUUUGGCAAGAGAACCCAAUAUCAAACUGAUUAUUGUUGACUCAAUAUCGUUUGCAAUUCGAAGCCUGGACAACAUACUCGCACGCACGGAACUUUUGAUGGAACUACAUACAGUUAUGCGUAAACUGCAGAUGAAGCAUAAUUUAACCUUCGUCUUAACCAACAAUUUGGCCUUUCGCCGGAAAAGGCGACGUCGAUUUGAAUUGGAGGCGGUUUUAGGGCAAAAGCAUGCUCAGAUAAUCAAUAAGCGCAUCUGGCUGAUGAAAAAUGGGUGUUUCUUGGGAAAAUGGUCAAAAACGAAAAGGUUCAUUUGCAAAUUAUCUACAUAGUAAAUAAUAAUUAGAUCAG